CUUACUCCUCAUCAGGCUCAAGCUACCUGUGUUGAUGCUCUGUUGAAUAGCCCUUAUUAUCGCACUUACACAUUGAAGUGUAGGCCAUAGCACAAGAAGAGGAUUUUUUCCAUACUAAAGGCUUAAAACACUUUAAAUACGAACCACUAAGUGAUGUGCUGUAACUUAGACAAACUUGUUGCAGGAAAAGAUGGGAUCCUGGAGUCAGGGGACAGCAGCUCUGUACUAGACUUCGACAUUCUACAGGUGAUCUGAGGCGUUACUGGAAACAGACGAAAAACGGCAUAAUCUUGGAGAAACCUGUUUCAUUUGGAAUGUGAGGACCUGACCUAUUUUUAUUUGAAGGGGGAUUCUCAAAGUUGUAACUUAUGGUUCUUGUGCUGUCAUGGAAGUCGGCAAGAUAUUAUAGAUUUAUUUUUAGCACGAAUAAAGAUGAAAUCGUUGGCACAAUUUGACCAGGCCACAUUUGGACUACUGUGGAGUUUCCUUGGUUUUCUUCAGUGCGUGUACUGUGGUUUGGGAGACAACCAUGUGCAUUCCAGUUUCAUUUACAGAAGAUUGCGUAACCAUGAAAGAAGAGAGAUUCAAAGAGAAAUUCUCUCGAUUUUGGGUUUGCCACAUCGUCCAAGGCCCUUUUCUCCAGGAAAACAGGCAUCAUCAGCUCCCCUGUUCAUGCUUGACUUGUAUAAUGCCAUGGCUACUGAGGAGGAAGACGGAAUACUUGAGGGCACAGGCAAAGGUUUUAGUGGGAAAAUUCAUGGAAACUCGCGCAAAGGAUACUACAGCUCUCCACAUGGAUAUACUCGCGCAGCACAGUCAUACCGCGCGGGCCCCCUCACGAGCCCAAGUCCGCCUCUAGCAACUUCUCACGACACUAGUUUUCUGAACGACGCCGAUAUGGUCAUGAGUUUCGUUAAUUUAGUGGAGAGGGACAAGGACUUCUCUCACCAGAGGAGACACUAUAAGGAGUUCCGCUUUGACCUCACUCAGAUUCCUGACGGGGAAGCGGUAACGGCCGCCGAAUUCCGCAUCUACAAAGAUCACAGCCAUGUCCGUUAUGAGAACAUCACCCUUAAGGUCUCUAUAUAUCAAGUCAUCAAGGAAUACCCAAACAAGGAUGCAGAGACCUUCUUGCUUGAUUUUAAGAAAGUCAAAGCCUCAGAUGGCGGGUGGCUGGUCUUUGAUAUCACAGCCACAAGCAACCACUGGGUGCUCAAUCCCCAACAAAACAUGGGGCUUCAGCUCUGUGUGGAGACGUUGGAUGGAAGAAGCAUCAACAUGAAGUCAGCUGGCAUCAUUGGAAGAAGCGGUCCGCAAUCCAAACAGCCUUUUCUUGUGGCAUUUUUCAAAGCCAGUGAGGUGUUGCUUCGCUCUGUAAGAGCCACCGGAGGCAAGAGGAAGAAUAAUAAUCGGAAUAAAACACGAUCACAACAGAAAUCCUCACAAACACCCAAAAAUGGUGAUCAAAACACCAGCGAACAGAAGCAAGCCUGCAAGAAACAUGAGCUUUAUGUCAGCUUCAGAGACCUAGGAUGGCAGGACUGGAUAAUCGCGCCAGAGGGAUAUGCCGCUUUUUACUGUGACGGCGAGUGCUCGUUUCCACUGAACGCGCACAUGAAUGCCACCAACCACGCCAUUGUACAAACCCUGGUCCACCUGAUGUUUCCUGAUAAUGUGCCAAAACCAUGCUGUGCACCUACUAAGCUCAAUGCCAUAUCAGUGCUGUACUUUGACGACAACUCAAACGUCAUUUUGAAGAAGUACAGGAACAUGGUGGUCAGGUCGUGUGGAUGCCACUGAAGAUAUUAAUGUUCUUGAUGAUGUUUAUUUCCAGUCCAUUACAAGUGGAGAAACAUAUCAAACUAGAUUUGUGGUAUGGUGUACAGUAUUAUGUAUAUUAUGUACUUAAUUGUGCUUAUUUAUUAUCAAUUAUUUUGUGAUAAUGGUUUUACUGUAAAAUAUAUUUUAGAGAUUCAAAUAAAAGCUCUUGUUAAUCUGUUGGUAUAUUAUCCACAACUACAACAACAACAACAAAAAUGGUAUUUUAGACGAUUUACGGAUACUGAGACUCACUGUACGCUAUAAUUUUAGGCGGACUGAAGUUAAGUGGUGUGUUGGAAUACUCUAUUCAUCUCUGGGUGAGAGGAAAAAAGACUCAAGGCUAUAGUUAAAAUGUAGCUGAAGAUGCAGCAUAGCCGCCGUGGCAGGCAGGACUGCAUAUCCUAUGCAUAUUUUCCUUGAUAGAUCCCAAAGCUGUACAUGUGAAUUGAGCGCAAAUAUUAAAAUGCUCACUGAGCAGCGUUAUCUCAGUGUCCAUAGAUCUCUGAUACUGUUUCCACCGACCCUCGUCAUGGGCCCCUCUGUGGAAUGUCAGCUGGUAAUGUUUGUCCUCAAGAUCCCCUCCCCAAAACCACAGCAUUGAGCCCAUUCAACUUUGAUUUUAUUUGGAGAGAUUGUGUUAAACAGGAAGGCCUUGUCUACCUGCUGGGACUGAGGUACUGAGUGUGGAAUACACACCGGCAGUACAUAAAACUGGCAGAACUCUACUUUUGGGGCCAAACAACCAGAGUGAUUUGAUGCACCACCCUCACAUGGAUGCAUCACCAGAGCAGAGUUGUUUGUGUAAUUGUUUAUAGUGGGAGAUGGAUACAGAAUGCACCUUUAAAGUAUGUCUGGUACUUGUGCAAGGAGAGAAGAUCAGCAUGGUUCAUAAGGUUGUGUAUGUCCCAGUUGUAUAGGUCAUUUAAGAUGUAUUUUCUAUUUUCAUUAUUUUAUUUAACAAGGCCAGUUUUAAGGAUAGUUUUAGGUAUUCCAGUACGUUUUUAGUCUUUGUGACUCUAUGUCAUUUGUACCAUCUCCUAUUCCCACCCCAUCCCCAAUCCUUGUGUUCUAAACUGUAAGCGAAGGGUCAAAAGACAAUUCCUGCUGAUUUAUUCAUUUAUUUGCUGAAGAGUAGCCUUGUACACUAAUUAACCCAGAGCGGAGUACAAUGAAUAAGUGUCUCCAGUGGUACUUUUACGAAAUCAUGUCUGGUUCAUGUUUAAUUUGUUUUGCCCAUUUUCUCAGAUGUUCAAGAUACAAAAUAAAUGUUACUUCCCAAGAUGAUUUCCCCACUAUUUCAGAAACAUCAUUAAAGAUAAUAUCCAAUGGGAGUUAAAUAAUAAUGACAACCCACAGUGAAUUCUCUUUGGAAAUAUGGUAAUCUGUAAAGCACUUUGGCUCUAUAAUGAUGCUGCAGUAGAUAAAGUCAGAUAGGUAAUCUUCAGAUUUUGCCCAAUCCGGUCGGAAGUUGUUAUCUUCUAUGCCACUGGAAAUUAAUUUUUCAGUUUGUUGGAGGGAAAUUAUUGGGUUAGAGAUCGACUACUAGCAGCUUAAAUGUUGAGUGGAAUGAUCUGUAUGCAUUUUGUUCACUUUUCUUCAGCCAGAGUCAAACCCAUUUUGGCUUUUAUGAUAUUGGAAAAAAAUAAGAGAAUAUUUUAUUUAGUACAGGAGACCUUUUGGAGAGCCUGCUUUUUACAAGAGUGUGUUUUACAGUCUUGUACCCUCUUGUAUGAGAUGGCAUGGCUCACACGGCCAAGAGCAAUGUUCAAUACCAUCACGAUAGCUCUAAACAUCUCUAGAAUUCACAAUGGCCAUGUUCGAUUCUUCACAAACCAAGAAAUGUUAAGUGCUGCAGUGAAUUAAGCCUUCAUGAGGUUAGAUAUGAAAUGCACUCAUCCUUUAAAUUCUCCAGUAAGUCUGCAAUCAGGUGCCAUCCCUAUAGUCACUAAAUGCUGUUGUGGGGGAAAUAUUUGUGAGGCAAUUUGAUCAUUGGGCUGGGUUACUACUAAGAGUAGGUAUCUUUAUCUAAACGCCUUAAGUUUGUUUUCUAAAGGACACAUAAACCUUUGAUGAGGGAUCUGUCAGAUUGUUGAGGAGACAUGGUAAAUAUAAUUAAAUGAUAAGACAUUUAAGAAAACAGGUGCCACUACCAAUAUGCCUAGAUUGUGACCCCACUUAAAAUAACUGUCUUGUCACAGUUAAGUUUUCUUUGUGUUACACAGAAAAGGGCUGUCAUUGCUUGUCAUUUUGAAAUAUAUGGUAUAAUUUAAAGGAAUAACAUAAAAUGUAAUUAUAUGAUGUGUUUUUGCUGAUUUUAUGAAACUUAACUGUUUUCCAUCUGCUGAGGCAAUUACAGUAAUUGCAGUAAUCAAAGUCACAUUUUCUAUGUUAUUGGAGGUGUUCAGUUAAACCAUACAUUGGCAAGUGGCUACAAUAGAAUCAUGUCUAAAUAUUUAAAUCUAUCUGAUUUAAGUCACUUUUCAUUUUAAAGGUUAUAUCAUCAUGCAAUCUCAUCAUUUUUGAGAACAGCCCAGAAAGCUUUAUCAGACUAUGACUGAAAGCAUACACAUAAAAGUACAGAUUUUAGUAAUAUAUUUGAAAGAAAUGACUGUAUCUACUCUAUUACUGUCUGUGGAAUUAAAUGUAUUUUCAUGAA